CGCGUACUCUAUAUUUAGAAUUUUAGCGGGAAUAUAGUUCACCCCUGUUGCCAGGUAACCAGUAUAUUGUAAGGUGUCAAUGAAAACAAAAUGGCGACAAACAAGAAGAUUGUGAGCUUUAUAUAACUUGUCAACAUUUCUCCCAUUUAUUGACGUAUACAUCCAAUUAUUUGAUUAAAUUAAAAACUGGAAUAGUUAAAAUAAAGAACGAAGGUAAAAGGACGUUUUUUUAGGAAAUUAAGGUUGACUGAGAACUCCAAGUUCAUUGUAGAAUUUUUGCCCUUUUCGUACAAAUCCAAACCAUGGCUUCUUUUGCAUUCUCUAAUGGCUUAUCAAUUCACUCUCAAGCGAUAUCGUCUUCUCCUCUCCUCCAAGGCGGAGAUUCAUUAAACCUCACGGUGAAUAUCUCCUACAGCUCACAGGAAAAUUUUACAUCGAACUCGACAGCUUGCAGAAGACUUCCAGGAAAACAACUAGACGUCCAGGGAAUUAUUAUACUACCUCUAUUUUUAAAAUUAUUAUCAUCAAUAAACAGAUCUAAAGAAAUAACCUCAGAUCUUUCAAACUGUUCAUUUAUUCCAACAUUGGAUAUUUCAAUGAUAAAUUAUGCGAACGCUUCAAAUUCAUUUUUCAACAUUUCUUCAUCUAAUGUCAGCUGGACUUUGCAGUUAUUUUUUUCCAUUAAUGUAACCUCRGACAUCCCUCCUGAUUCAUGGAUUAAUAUUACGACUAAGUUACUGAUUGCUGGUGAAUAUACAAAUUUGACGCUUGCAAGGUUCAAGUCCAUUCCAAUAAGUGAUUUCUUUGUUACGUCGAACGGAACAUCACUACCAGAGACGCCCCUUAAUGAACUAACACUAGAUGAAACUGUUAAUUAUGGAAUUACCAUGAUUAUUCCAAGUAUAACUACAGAGCUAAUAUUAACGAUGGUGCUGCCUACAUUGGGAGGCCAAACACCAAUGAAGUGGUCGCAUACUAUUGUUACAAGUAUUGCCCCUGGAUUAACAACUGAAAGGUUGAACGUUGGAUCUGCUGGUCAACUUUAUGUCGGCGAAGCUUAUAGAAGUAGUUUUCCAUUUAUUACAAAUGUCGCAAAACUUAAUUUUGGGAAGACUUCUAAUAUUAAAUCAUAUCAAAAUAACAGUGUCAGCAUUGGCAUUGAUGUUGAAGCAAAAGUACUGCAGAGUGAACGGUUUAUACCAGGAAAUGAUGGUAACAUUACCUUUGAGCUUGCUUACCAGACACUUAAUGGAAUGCGUCAUAUUGGGCCAAUUUAUAAUUCGCUAAAUCUCAGUCAACCUCCCCUGUCGUGUGUGUUAGAAGUGGUUGGUGGUCCACCGCAUUACCAAGGCAAUGAUUUAGUAAAAUAUAAUUUCAGGAUUGAAAACCCACAGUUUUCCACUGAAUCAGCUGAAAAUAUUACUGUUGCUUUUACUGUACAAGAGGAUGUGGUUAUUCAAGAUUUUUCAGCAAAUAUUUGCAGUGAAUUUCACUGCAGUCCUUUACGUCUGAGCAAUUUCAACUCAUCAGUUAAAAAUUCUGCAAUCAGUAGACUAAAUGUAAGCUCGUCAAUCCAUGGUAAUCUGACAUUAUUGCUGCGGCCAUCAGUUAUUGUCGGUAGUAAUGUACAAUCUGAUUUGACACUGUCAUAUACACGCCCAUCUUGGAUCAGCCCUGCUCUAAAAACCAUGACCAUUUAUAUACCCAUUCGCCAAGUGCAUUUCUCUGGCCCAUACAACAUCAACAGCUCAGUAUUGAGUCCUAACGACAACCAAGUUAUCAUCCCAGGAGAAGAUGUUACAUAUCAGUUGAAGAUGAUGAUGCCAGUGUCGAGGAGUUCUAAGCUUGUUAUUGUAUUCAGAGGUGAAGGCACUGAAUCUAUAGGUGGACACAUUAUUGGUGUUGGAGUAAAUAUCCAGUCAGAUAGUAAUCAACCUUUGCCAGGAAUGGCUUUAAAUAUCACCCAAUCUAGUGAAGGAUUGCCCAUUAAUGUCACAAGUCCAAUUGCAAUGGGUGUUUUUCAUGGUUUGUCUAAUAAUGGUAGCUCUAGUCUUCCUGGUAGUGCAGAAAUAUCCUUCCAAACCACUGUCCGUGCUUUCGAUGCAUUAAAACUUGAUGGAAAAGAGUUUGUUUCCUUGAUGGCUGAAGCAUAUGUCAAUAGUGAGCCUAUGCCACAGAGAUUCACCUUUAAGUUAAAGAUCAUCAAGCCUGAGCUACAAGUGCAUUCUUCUAUCACGCCAACCAAUCAAGUGAAGCCACAACAAGUCCUCUCUUUCUCUGUCACCCUUUCACACACCCAAGCCUCCACAUCUCAUGCUUAUGGAGUAUUGCUUGAGAUAGCAGUACCUCACCAGUAUCUUACCCUUAAUGUUGGGUCUAUCCAGCCCCAGGGAGCAGCUAUACGGGUUGUUAAUGGCCACCAAGCACCUAGUCGAUCUAGCAGGUACAACGACUCUCUCACCAAGGUUCUAGUGUAUCAAGUUGACACAUUUCCUCUACCCACCCCUCCCUCCAAGAACUUCACCAUGACAUACGCAGCAUCAACUGUCAGUAAUCUUCCUUCUAGUAUAUUCAUCCAAUCACCAAUGUUCCUGAGCUAUACUAUAUUACCCAACAAGGUUGUUCCACACAAUGGAGGGCUGUACAAUACAAGCUUUUAUGGGGCCAAGUUUUACACCUUUCGUCCCCCGCCAUACGUACAAGCGAUCUACACAUCAUCACCAAGGGUUCUGGAUGCUGGAGACAAAGUUGCAUUUGAUCUCACAGUCAAGCACAAUGGCAAUGCUAGUGACACUCCCCCAGCCUAUAACCUCCAAAUGACUCUGAAAUUCCCUUCACUGGACAACACAAACGUAUCUGUAAACUGCAACAAAGGGUCUCCCUCCCUUAACCUAUUGACUAGCUCAGGUUUAUUAGUCAUUGGUGAUUUGCUUUAUGGCCAGUCCUUCUAUUGUAACAUCACAGGGAGGGUCGUUGCGCAAGUGAGUCCCAAUCAAGACAUCAGCCCUGUAAUCCAAUACACAUACUACCCUACCACUACACCAAGACUUGCUCAGUCUAUCCACUAUCACACCUUGAUCAGAGCGCACACUCUUAUUGCCGCCAUAAAUACGACUGUCACAGCCAGUCCAAAUGCGCAAAGGCUAUUGGCAGGAGAAGAUUUGGACUUCAGUCUUCGAUUACUGAUUCCUGAAUGCGUGACGCAGUUAGCACUUACAGUUACCAUGCCAACGCUGUCACUUGUGGGAACUGGCUUCGAGCGGCAAAGACGAAGUAUUUUAAUCCAUGACAAAACGAAACAAAUAAGUGGCCGCGUUCGUCGAAGUGUAAACGCAGUUGACGUUGUUCGACCAUUACUAAACGAAAGCUCAACAUCUACUGACGUCAACAGCAAUCUAACCAUGACCAGCCCUUCCCCUAACAUCACCCGACCCAACACCACUACCCUAAAGAUUGAUUUUGGCUCUGUGCAAAAAGCCCCAACCCCACUCCAGUCGUUUGAGGGAAUAACCAUAUACCUGAAGUUCAGGAGUGCUUACCUACCUUUGGUGCUUAGUGGGCGUGACUUUGUGUUGACUGCUCUACUUAACUACACUGGAGGAGAGUUGAAUUUGCCCGUUCCCUUCACGAUCAUUGGUCCGUUGGUGAAGCCUUUGCUUGUUAUUACUAAAUCAGUACAGGUGAACGACAGUGAGCGUGACUCACCAUUGCUAUUCUACAACGUGACAGUCACGCAUAGCCAGUAUUCCCAGUUUGACGCUCACGACCUCGUUAUUCAAGAUAACACCAAAAACAUGAACAUACAACGGUCCUCUGUGCUUCCUAUAAACAACGUAUUUGUGUCCUACCCUGAUGUCCACACUUACAACAUCAGGCUUGUCAUUUCUAAACUUGCAGUGGGGGAAAGUGUGAGUCUUUCGUACAAAGCAAGUUUCUUGAUCAAGGAAAAGGACGAAAAACAGACAAAUUUGCCUGCCACUGUGACAUGGAAGAGUAUACAGAUCAACAGUCCUAUCUAUUCUGUGAGCAGUAACCUGACGGCUUGUGUUAGCAGAUUUGAUACAAAUCGAUGGAAGACUAAAGAAGUAACCGGUUUCUUUGCUCUUGGUGUCUUGCUUGGCUUACUGCUUGGUAUCAUUUUGGCUAUUAUUAUCAUCGUCCUGAUCAUCAAGUGUUGUGACAAAGGAAAAAUUGCUUCUUGUUACUCGCGUUUUACUAAUAAGGACAGCAUGACCGUACUCACGGGUGGUGCAAAGUAUGUCUUAAGUGGAGAGGACGACCCCCCUGAUAAGAAACUUGUGGCCAGGCACAACGAACCUAGCAUCGUCAAGACAGACGAGAGUAUCGUUCCCAUUCUGAGUCUAGACAAGUCCUCACAAACAGACAAAGAGCUUGACAGCCUUGAUUUGCAAGCCACUGCUGACCUAGAGGUAGAAAUAGAAAUCCAGCGACACAACAUGUUUGUUGAUGCGCUGUCACUGCUAGUAAAAAAACUGCGCGUCAAGAGACACAUAUCAUCCAGCCAAGAGAAGAAGUUUUUGUCAAGUCUGAAGGCAGAAUUAGGAAGCUUGGCUUACAAGAUAUCUGCAGAAUUUAAACGAAAAUCCGCAGAGAUAACAAAAAGAAUAAGAAACGAAACAAAGAUAAAAAUCAAAGUACAAGCCAAACGCCAAGCAAAUGAAAGACACGAAACAGAAAACAAGAUCAAGGGUCUUGUCAGCGCGCGCGAACGCAACGAAAUCAUGGAACUGCUACGAAAAAGACAUGCCAAGGAAGAAGAAGAACUGAGAAAAAAGGCUAAGCUUGAUCUGGAUGUGGAGUUGGAGAAACUUAGAAAGGAAAUAUCUGUAGGUAAAAGGUUUGCUACGAAGGAAUGUCAAAGCAAGUUUUUACAGGAUCUGAUUAAAGAAGCACGCUUCAAUGAGGAACACGCUAAUGAUAUUGUUAGAGAACAUAUGUCCAAUAUGGCUGCUGUGGAGAGGGUCAUGGCAGAAGAGAGGUCGAGGAGGCUGGUUGCUUUAGAGAUGAGACUUGCAGAAAGACAAGCAUUAGCACUUCAGAAGCAUGAAGAUGAACGUCACAACCAGGUCAUAUUAAAGGCUGUUGGCGAUCACCAAGAUGAAAGCCUGGAGAAUUUAGUCAGAUCUUCCAAGCUGAGCGAUGCAGAUGCAGCAGCUUAUCGUGAACAGUACAGAAAAGAGAUGGAAGCCCUAGACAAGAAACUGCAGAAAGAAAGACAAAAACAGGCAAAACACCUCCAUACCAAGCUGACUGCAUUGAAACAGAAGAGAAUGCAGGAUAAGGUUCAAAAACAUCAAGAACAACUGCGCAAACUGAAAGAAGAAGAGGACGACAAGUUUGAACAAGUUGAAAUCGAUUGUAUCUCCACACUUGAAGAGAGACGACAACUGACUCUGCGGCAGAGAAAAGAGCUUGAGGAGCUUGAAAAGACAGCUGAUAAAGAGGCGGCCUUGGAGUUACAAAAGCUCUAUGACAGACAAUCUAAAGAAGCUCAAGACCACGCCGAGAUGACCGUUCGAAAGAUCUGUAAAGACAUGGCAUCUAAAGGUCUUGAAGAAUCUGAAUCUAUUGUCAAUAAACACAUCUCUGAGUUAGCACAGCAACAGGAGAUCAAAGAAGAACAAAGACGGCAACAUGCUCAACUUCUUGAAAAACGACUCUCCAAGCUGCGUAAAGCACUUGAGAAAAAAGCGCAGGAAGACAUGGAAGAACAAGAAGAUGUCCGUGAAAAGGAGCAACAGAUCGUAAAUGACCUGAUCGUCAGUCAAGUUGUCAUGUCUGAAGAGGAACGAGAUAAGAUCAUCGCGGAACACGAGAAGAACAUGGCUGAGCAGGAGAGCAGCUUGACUUUAAAUAAGCUGAGACAAAGACAGAAACUGGAGGAAAAACUGGCUGAAAAAAGAAAACGAAAAAUGGAGGAAUUGGAAAGAAAGCAACAGGAAGAGGAACAGUUCAAGGAUUACGGGGACAAGAUAAUAAACGAAGGUGAAGAUAUCGAAUUACUAAAGAAGCACGAACAGCAAAGGGUUGAGCUCUUGAAGGAAGAUGACCAGGCACUCGAGGAAGAAAUGGAUCAAGUACGAGAAGAAAUGAUGAAUGAAAGAGCAAAGAGACUAGAAGAACACCAAGAAAACUUAAGCGCGACGAUCGCAAAGUUACAAAUAGAAAAGGCAAAACGGGUCUCUCGAAUGGCCAUCCAACAACAAAUGUUGAAUCAACUCCAGACCAACCUCGUAGACGAACUUGAGUCCCAAGGAGCUUUAAAAGACCCUGAAACUCAUGAAAUUGUAGAGAAAUACAAAAAAGAUGCCAAGAAAGUGGAAGACAACCUAAGAAACCAAAGGAAGAAACAAGAAGAGGAUCUUAGGGCGCGUCUGCACGAGAAGAUGAAACAAAGGGAGCAAACAAUGCUACUAGAGAAUCAGAAUAAGUACUCGAGGUAUUUGGAGGAUGGAUCCAACAAAACUGCACUGCGCUUCCGAAAGGCGGCAAUGAAAGCAAAACAGGAAAAAGAGAUGGAGAACUUGCGAAAGAUGAUGGAAAAACAAAUCGAGCAAUCAUUAAGUGAACUCAAAUUGAACCAAGAGCUUCAACUUAUGAAGAAGACAGAGGAGAAGAAUGUCAAGUUCAUCGCGGCCCUUGUGGAUAAGGGACAACUGAAAGAAGAAGAACUGGAAUCAGUGUUGAAAUUUCUCUUUCCUAACAAGCCGCCCGAGUACAUUGAUACAUUAUUAGAAAGAAUUUACGGUACCAACCAUCCAGGAACUAGCUCAUCGUUCAACUCAGGCGAGAUGAGUCAACUAGAGGUACGCGUUCGUCGUUCUAGUGUAAAGCCAAGUCAAAUAUUUCAAAGCAGUAAAAAGAAGAAAAAGAACUCUAAACUCAAAGAAGAAGAGGAAUAUGAAAGUAUUUUACCACCCGUCGUACGAAGCAGAGAAAGAAGGCCCAUUUCACUAGAGGGCGAUCAAAGCAGCACAUUAGAUAGUCCUAAGAGGCUCAAAUCUUUACCGAUGAUAAGCUCUAUCUCUCAACAAGCUACGUCUCCUGGCAACGAAGAAGACCAGAGACUGCUGGACGAAAUGUUUGGGGACGCAUCUGAGGUAGAAUUUAGAAAACCAAGUAGAGGAAAUGGAAGUCGACGAAGUGAUAGGUAAACAUUUUAGUGUGUUAACGUUUAUAGCAUAAGUAAUUUAUAUACUUAGCACAGGUAUAAUCAUUCACAGUACCAGGUCGUCAUGUUUUGUUACAUUCCACCAACAUGGCGGCCAUGACGUAAUUGUAUUUAUGUGCAUAGCUUUAGUAACAUAUACUUAGCACAGGUAUAAGCAUUCAGAGUAACAGGCCGCUAUGUUUUGUUACAUUCCUCCAACAUGGCGGCUAUGACGUCACAUGCACGCCAUAUUUAUAAGGCUUUUCCAUAUACGAAUUUGCGACCAAAUUAUUGAUAUUUAAAUGAGCAAUAGUUUUUA